AUUAUGAUGUUUGUGCCGAGGCUCCUUGUGAACAGCAGUGCACAGAUAACUUCGGCCGAGUGCUGUGUACUUGUUAUCCAGGAUACCGAUAUGACCGGGAGAGACACCGGAAGCGGGAGAAGCCGUACUGUCUGGAUAUUGACGAAUGUGCCCCCAGCAACCAGACACUGUGUGCACACAUCUGCAUCAACACUGUCGGCAGCUACCGCUGUGAGUGUCGCGAGGGCUACAUCCUGGAGGAUGAUGGCAGGACAUGCACCCAGGGAGACAAAUACCCCAAUGACACUGGCCAUGAGGAGAAGUCUGAGAACGCGGUGAAAGCUGGGACUUGCUGCGCCACGUGCAAGGAGUUCCACCAGAUGAAGCAGACGGUGCUGCAGCUGAAGCAGAAGAUCGCCCUGCUCCCCAACAAUGCUGCUGACCUGGGCAAGUAUAUCACUGGUGACAAGGCGCUGGCCUCAAACGCCUACCUGCCAGGACCUCCUGGCCUGCCUGGGGGCCAAGGCCCACCCGGCUCACCAGGACCAAAGGGGAGCCCAGGCUUCCCUGGUAUGCCAGGCCCACCUGGGCAGCCUGGCCCGCGGGGCUCAAUGGGGCCAAUGGGACCAUCUCCUGAUCUGUCCCACAUUAAGCAAGGCCGGAGGGGCCCUGUGGGUCCGCCAGGUGCACCAGGAAGAGAUGGUUCUAAGGGGGAAAGAGGAGCACCUGGGCCCAGGGGUUCUCCAGGACCCCCUGGUUCUUUCGACUUCCUGCUGCUUAUGCUGGCUGACAUCCGCAACGACAUCGCUGAUCUACAGGAACAGGUGUUUGGGCACCGGACUCACUCUUCAGCGGAAGAGUUCCCUUUACCUCAGGAGUUAUCCAGCAACUCAGAAACCAUGGACUUGGGCUCUGGAGAUGACUCCCCAAGAAGAACUGAGGCAAGAGACUGGGGAGCCCCCACAGACUUUUAUCCAUAGCACACCCCAACAUUUUCAGGCCAAAGGAAGAGAAAAGAGUGUUUUCUCCUGCAGUUAAAUCAUCUAAAGAAGAAAAAAUCACUGGAGACCUAGAAAAGACACAUU